AUGUCCUCUCUCCGCACUUCCUUUGCUAUCUGGAAAGCAGAGCGAAAGUCGAUAAUCAUCCAUCUUCAACCUCUGCUUCUACACGUCUUCAAAGCAGGCGGCCCUUCCGCUGUAAAGAGGAAGGUUCGCUGCGAUGAGACAAAACCUCAGUGCAACACAUGCUUGCGACGGGGAACAAAGUGUCCAGGCUACAGGCCUACACAAUCAUUCAUCCUCCACAAGUUCGACGAUCAAAACGAAAAGCCAGCUUUGAUCAAAGAAGAUGAGAACUGUUACAAGUAUGCAAACCAGGCUUCGACACCAAAGCAAGCUUCUGGAAAUACGCCCACUCGAGCUGCAGCCCGCUUGCAGGUCGCAGAGGUCAAGCCUCCUGCGACUCCCAUACCAAAACAAGUCAGCGCGGUAGCUACUGAUCGCAUCCAACAUCUAGGCAAUUUCAUUGCGCUUUAUCUUCCACGGGCUGAUGGCCCAGCUUUGCCGCCUCCAUCAGCGUUGAUACGCGGCUUGCCUACGAUGCCUGCCAACAGCAAAGUCCUUUUGGCUGCAGUCGACGCCCUUUCCGCGGCACAAAUCGCGGUGGAUAAAAGGAAUUAUCUUCUCAUCAACCGCUCUAGAUCGCUCUACGGCACGGCAUUAAGUCAAAUGAUGCAAGCAAUCCAGGACCCAGUCAUGGCCGUAAAAGACGAGACGUUGAUAUCAACUUAUCUGCUGUCACUUUACGAGGUAUUCGUAGGAAUCAGUCAAGGCCAUGGGUUCUUCUACCACAUGCAAGGGCUUUUACGUCUUCUCAAACAGCGAGGUCCUGCCUCGUUUGAGAAUCGACUGAGCAUGCAAAUAUUCCACGCGAUACGUUACAACUCUUUGACCAUCGGUUACCACAUGCGCAAAGCUUCGAUGCUCGACAGUCCCGAAUGGUUGGCAGUGACUGUCAAAGCUUCGAAACUCGAUCCAUAUGUCGCAUUGAACGACAUAUGCAUAGCGAUCCCGCGGCUCUUGGAACGCACAGACAAGGUUGCUGCGAAUGGCAACCCACAAGCCGAGAUCGAUUCCUUACUGGAGGAUUCCCAAGAUCUCGCAAAUCGUGCAUUCGAGUGGAUCUCGCUUUUUGAAAGGCAUGGUCCUCGCUAUGACAAAGUCAGUGUCGAUUCAAUGCUCGGCUUCCUGAAUAUUUGUUCUGACCGCUUGUUCGAUCCCGUCUUUGACUUCCACUACUUCAGUGCUGGCAUCUGUUAUAUGAUCUAUUGGAUGAGCAUGUUGAUUAUGCAAGGCAACACAUUCAAACUACUACGGCAACAUCGCAAGUUGGAGAUGAAGCAGCUCGUUAUGUGGGAUCGCCAGCUAGUUGGGUAUGCCGAUUGCAUAUGCAGGAGCAUACCGUAUAACUGUCGGCCCUUUACAGGGUACACGGCUAAAUUCGGAUCUCUCACGCCCCUCGUUGUGGCACGAAAAUUCUACGAAGCCAGAGGUGCAAAGAAAGAGGCCGGAUGGUGCGAGACGGUAUACCUGGGCGCAAGGGUACCGGGCUUAUACCAGUCGGCCACUCCUCUCGAACCACUCAAGGAAGUGAAAGACACAGUCAAGGAUAGCAACAAGUUCAUCUAA